GCAGGACUUUUUGGCAAUUAGAACAUGGCAACCAUAGAAGAAAUUGCACAUCAAAUUAUUGAACAACAGAUGGGAGAGAUUGUUACCGAGCAGCAAACUGGCCAGAAAAUCCAGAUCGUGACGGCACUUGAUCAUAACACACAAGGCAAGCAGUUCAUUCUGACAAAUCACGAUGGCUCUACCCCAAGCAAAGUCAUUCUGGCCAGGCAAGAUUCCACUCCAGGGAAAGUUUUCCUCACUACUCCAGAUGCAGCUGGUGUUAAUCAGUUAUUUUUUACAACUCCUGAUCUAUCUGCACAACAUCUCCAGCUCUUAACAGAUAAUUCUUCCCCGGACCAAGGACCAAAUAAGGUUUUUGAUCUUUGCGUAGUAUGUGGAGACAAAGCAUCAGGGCGUCACUAUGGAGCAGUAACCUGUGAAGGCUGCAAAGGAUUUUUUAAAAGAAGCAUCCGAAAAAAUUUAGUUUAUUCAUGUCGAGGAUCAAAGGACUGUAUUAUCAAUAAACACCAUCGAAACCGCUGUCAAUACUGCAGGUUACAGAGAUGUAUUGCGUUUGGAAUGAGACAAGAUUCUGUUCAGUGUGAAAGAAAACCUAUUGAAGUAUCACGAGAAAAAUCUUCCAACUGUGCCGCUUCAACAGAAAAAAUCUACAUCCGAAAAGACCUUCGAAGUCCAUUAGCUGCAACUCCAACUUUUGUAACAGAUAGUGAAACUGCAAGGUCAGCAGGACUGUUAGAUUCAGGAAUGUUUGUGAAUAUUCACCAAUCUGGAAUAAAAACUGAGUCAACUGUGCUGAUGACACCAGAUAAGGCUGAAUCAUGUCAGGGAGAUUUAAGUACAUUGGCCAGUGUGGUUACAUCAUUAGCAAAUCUUGGAAAAACUAAAGAUCCUUCUCAGAAUAGUAGUGAAAUGUCUGUGAUUGAAAGCUUAAGUAAUGGUGAUACCUCUUUGUGUGAAUUUCAUCAAGAAGUGCAGACUAAUGGUGAUGUUUCAAGGGCAUUUGACACUCUUGCAAAAGCACUGAAUCCUGGAGAGAGCACAGCCUGUCAGAGCUCAGUAGAGGGCAUGGAAGGAAGCGUACACCUAAUUGCUGGAGACUCGAGCAUAAAUUACAUCGAAAAAGAGGGGCCACUUCUCAGCGACUCACAUGUAGCUUUCAGGCUCACCAUGCCUUCUCCUAUGCCUGAGUACCUGAAUGUGCACUACAUUGGGGAGUCUGCCUCCAGACUGCUGUUCUUAUCGAUGCAUUGGGCACUUUCGAUUCCUUCCUUCCAGGCUCUAGGGCAAGAAAAUAGCAUAUCAUUGGUGAAAGCUUAUUGGAAUGAACUUUUUACUCUUGGUCUUGCCCAGUGUUGGCAAGUGAUGAAUGUGGCAACUAUAUUAGCAACAUUUGUCAAUUGUCUUCACAGUAGCCUGCAGCAGGAUAAAAUGUCAACAGAAAGAAGAAAAUUGUUGAUGGAGCACAUCUUUAAACUACAGGAGUUCUGUAACAGCAUGGUUAAACUCUGCAUUGAUGGCUAUGAAUAUGCCUACCUGAAGGCAAUAGUCCUCUUCAGUCCAGAUCAUCCAGGCCUAGAAAAUAUGGAACAAAUUGAGAAAUUUCAAGAAAAGGCAUAUGUGGAAUUCCAAGAUUAUAUAACCAAAACAUAUCCAGAUGACACCUACAGGUUGUCUAGACUACUACUCAGAUUGCCUGCUUUGAGACUGAUGAAUGCUACCAUCACUGAAGAAUUGUUUUUCAAAGGUCUCAUUGGCAAUGUACGAAUUGACAGUGUCAUCCCACAUAUUUUAAAAAUGGAGCCUGCAGAUUAUAACUCACAGAUCAUCGGUCACAGCAUUUGAAGACUGUGUCAUUAGUAUAAACUUACUGUUGUUUCCCAGAACACAAGAAGACACCAAAUUGAACUCAUUGCUUCCAGGGUAUUGGGAAAUUUUGAUUUUAAAGAGUAACCAAAAACCCAAAGUGUUUUUAUUUUAACUUCUUAAGAAUUUUUGAUGUGACUGGGCAGGUGACAGGAAUUAGAAUUUCCCUUCCUGUCUUAUUUAAGUGAAUAAGAAAUACUAUGAAUUUAUUCUUGGUUAGGAUGACACCCUAAGCUAUCACUUCUUGGCAUCUAAACUAAGAUCACUCGUUAUAUUUUAUCUUAUAAAACAAAUAAAUUGGUCUUUUUUUUUCCGGAA